CUAAAACAUAAUACAGUGCAAACAAACCAAACCAACCACCCACAGAUAACAGUACAUACAAGCAAGCGUCGUCAGGCAGGCCGGGUCAAUAUCAAUAGGGCAGGUAGGUACAGGGGGAGCAAGCGGAGAUGGGUCGGGUCACAGGCCAGGUUCAGCAGGUAGCAAGCAGCGUGGUACAGAGGGUCAGGCAGAGGGAUGGUCAGGAGCGAGCCGGGAUCAGAGCAGGAGAAGUCAGCAGCGGUUCAGAUCAGGCAGGGUCAGCAAAGGAACAGAAACAGGAUGCAGGACAGAUACAGGGCCCAGGACAAACACAACACCAAGGCAGAGUCUGCAAGUCUGGCCAU